AUGUCCAAGACCGGGGAACUUGCUUCGCUCGUCAAGGACACACUCGAUAAAGCGACCGAGUUUUCUCGCCAAACGGGGCAUCCAGACGGUCACUGGUGUGGUGAGCUCAAAUCCAACGCAACCAUCACCUCCGAAUAUGUCUUUCUCCGAUACGCUUUAGGCCUGGAUCUGACGGUCGAUAGACCUGCAUACACCCGCUGGCUCCUGUCCGAGCAAAAUCCGGAUGGCUCGUGGGGUCUAGCUCCAGAGAUUCCCGGCGAUGUCUCGACCACAACAGAGGCAUACCUAGCCUUGAAGAUAUUAGGAGAAGAUGUUAACUCUGCGCCCAUGCAACGAGCGAGGACGUUUGUGCUUCAGGCCGGGGGAGUGGCUGCUGUCCGGGUGUUCACACGCAUUUUCUUGGCCACCUUUGGGUUGUUUCCGUGGACCGCAGUACCGCAAAUCCCGGUAGAGCUCAUCCUCCUGCCCUCUUCGUUGCCCAUAAAUGUCUUCAGAUUGGCAUCCUGGGCACGAGGGACGAUCGCCCCAUUGUUGCUUAUUUGCCAUCACCAGCCGGUGUAUCCGUUGCCAAACGGGCAGUCGGCGAACAAUGACUACCUCGACGAACUAUGGAAGGACAGCACAAAUAAAAACGUGCCCUAUGGCAAGUCAAUUUGGACCUUGGCGGCGGACUUCGACAUGGCCGGUCUAGCAUUCACAGUUGUCGAUAAAUUCUUGUAUCAGCUCGGGGGGUUGCGAUCGGUGCCAUUCAUGCGCACUUAUGCGCGCCGCAAAUGUGUUGAAUGGGUCCUCGACCGCCAAGAAGCCUCCGGCGAUUGGGGUGGAAUCUUUCCUCCGAUGCACGGGAGUAUGUAUGCUUUGCUGCUCGAAGGAUACCGCCUUGAUGACGAGCCGGUGCGCCUCGGUUUCGAAGCUCUGGAACGUUUCGCCUGGCAGGAUGAGCAAGGCAAAAGGAUCCAGGCCUGCGUGUCCCCAGUCUGGGACACAGCGCUUAUGACCGUCGGGUUAUGCGACGCCAUGUCCACAGACAAGAGACAUCUCGACCGAGCGGUCAAUUGGAUUCGACGUCGUCAAAUCUUUGAUCUGCGUGGAGACUGGCGCGUCUACCGUCCCAACCUCGCGCCCGGGGGCUUUAGUUUUGAGUACGACAACACGUGGUACCCCGAUGUAGACGACACUGCAGCCAUCAUUCUCGCACAGAUCAAACAGGACCCGACGUCAGUAUCCUCUUUCUCCGUGGUGCAAGCCACCAAUUGGAUAUUGGGGAUGCAAAACCCUGAUGGAGGAUGGGCUGCCUUUGAUGUUGGGAACGACAAGCUUUUCCUCAAUAAGAUCCCUUUCAGUGAUAUGGACAGCCUGUGCGACACCUCCUGCGCCGACAUCACGGGUCGCAUCCUUGAAGCAUUUGGGUUGUUGAUGCGAACUCCCGAUAAAAGCAACACGGUCGUGCACCUCUACCCUCAGCUUCGUCUGGCUUGCCAUCGUGCGAUCGGCUACCUCGCCUCCACCCAAGAGCCUAAUGGAAGCUGGUUUGGUCGAUGGGGGUGCAAUUAUAUUUACGGCACUUCCCACGCGCUGUGUGGUCUGGCCUACUUUAUUGACGAGGAUAAACGCGUUCAGAGGAUGGUAGAUCUUGCGAAAGAGUGGUUAAAGUCUAUUCAGAAUGUUGAUGGUGGAUGGGGCGAAUCGUUACUCACGUAUAAAGACCCAAGUAUGACGAUCAAGGGCCACAAGUCCACUGCAGCGCAGACUGCGUGGGCGCUGAUGGCGCUGCUGGCAUAUUUGCCACAUACAGAUGAGAUAAUUGCGCGAGGCGUCAGGUACCUCGUCGGGUCUGUGGAAAUUGUGUGGACGGAUAAAAUGCACGCUGGAACGUGGACGGAUAAACUGUACACAGGAACCGGAUUUCCGAAUCAUUUCUAUCUGGGAUACGUGUAUUACGCCCACUACUUUCCCAUGAUGGCGCUGGGAAGAUAUAUGCAGAAAGCGUCGGCCCAAGGAUGA